GCAAGUGCAAGAGAGAGAAAGAGGGUUGCUAUAGAUUAGGCGGGAUUAUAGAAACACGUCUGGUUUUUAUCAGAACACCAUGUCCAGAAGGCCUCUUCCCUCGAGCUUUCUACUCGUCAGGGGUUGGGUCCGUUUCCCCAAAAGCUCAGAUGCCAUACUCGGCUUUCUUCUUCUUCUUCUAUCUUCUUCCUCCACCCCAAACCCUGGCUCCACCAUUCUCCCCUAGAGGGCCCCACCACCCUCACCUUCUUCUCAUCUUCACCCUCAACGGAUCUCCAUUUCUUCUUCUUUUAAGAGGUUGAUGAAGAUGAUUAUCCUUGGAGACACAAGAAGGGCAACGUUUUGGAAUGGUUACAUAAGACUCUUACCAGAAAACCAAUAUUAGCUCAAUGUAUUACUACUGCUAUGGUUGGUCCACGAACAUGGAUUGGAGGAAUCUUUAGCCGAACAGGCCUCAAGCGCUCUGGAAGUAACAAAUACAUUGAUUUUAAGUGGACUCCUGUUCAGGAAGCAAGAUAUCAGAGGCUUCAAGAUCGUACAAAUGUGCCUUAUGAUGAGACUUGCAUUGAGCAUCAAAAAGCCCUUGUAGAACUGUGGAAUUUAGCGUAUCCAAAUGUUACACUUCAAGGAUUGAUCUCCGAUCAAUGGAAGGAAAUGGGGUGGCAAGGAGCUAAUCCAUCGACCGACUUUAGGGGUUGUGGUUUUCUUUCACUUGAGAAUUUGCUGUUCUUCGCAAAAACAUUUCCAACUGCUUUUCGUAGGUUACUAUUCAAACAACGUGGAAUAAGGGCACAAUGGGAGUAUCCUUUUGCUGUCGCUGGCAUUAAUGUAUCAUUUAUGUUGACUCAGAUGUUGGAGUUAUAUUCAGUUAAGCCUAGAUGUCUUCACUGUGUCAAUUUUGUAAAAAUAUUGGGAGAGGAUGAAGAAGCCUUUGAUGUUCUUUAUUGUAUAGCUUUCGCAUUGAUGGAUGCACAGUGGCUCGCUAUGCAUGCAUCCUACAUGGAAUUCAACGAAGUUUUACAGGUUACACGGACGCAAUUGGAGAGAGAACUUGCACUGGAAGACAUCCACAGAAUACGAGAUUUGCCCGCCUUUAACCUUUUGGAUACUUAGUUUAUUUGACUUGAAUGGUUGUACAGUUAGAUUUCACAAGAUUCUUCUCCUUUCAACUCCCAUGGCUGACCACCAUGCCGUGAAAUGAGGUUAGAUUCAGUUUUUGGUUGCAGUUUUGUAGUUAAACCUUGAUGCUGCUCUUUCAGGCUCAUUUCUUCAUAGAUCAAUAUAUCUUUUUACAUGU